AUUGUGAAUGCAAGAACGUUUUUUCUCUUGUCGGCAAUCAGUCGAAGCGUAGUAAUAGAUUUUUCGAUAAAUAUUGUUGUAAUUGACUGAUAUUUAGCGAUAUUCAAAAAUGAAGGGCGUAAUAUUUGUUUGUUUGUUGUCGCUGUCUGUGAGCUUCAGCUUGCCAAGUCCACAAGAUGCGGGCGCACCAAUUGCGCCUACUAUAGGUGCACAAGCCCCUGUUGAAGCAGCCAAAGCUGCGCCAGCACAGCCUGCUCAGGCUACAACAGCUGUAGUACAAAGCCCAGCCAAUGAAACUAAAGUAAACACGCCUACAGUGACGGCAUCGAAUGCCACAGCUGCAGCCAACGGCUCAACAACCGUACCAUCCACAAACGCAACACCCGCCACGAAAAAUGAAACUAUACCAACUGAAAAAGACAACAAGACCGACACCAAGUCUGACAAAGAUGCACCAAAACCUAUCGAAGAUAAAACAGCUGCGCCGCAAAACAAAACUGAAGCAGUGACAGUAGCCCCCUCCGCUGCUACGGCCAACGGCACUAAACCUGACAACAAAAAGAAUGAAGCUACAACACCCAAGGGUGAAGUUGUCAACCCUACUGUAGCACCAGUAGAGGCGAAGUCCAGAGCGUUCGAUGGGCCAAGCUUCAUCGGCGGCAUCAUCCUGACGCUGGGCCUCCUCGCCAUCGGCUUCAUGGGCUUCAAGUACUACAAGAACCAAACAGAAAGGAACUACCACACCCUCUAAAUAAAUGUUUGUUUAGUUCACUAUAUUCUAAGUGCACCAACUUAUGUAUAAGAAUUAUUUUAUAAUGGGGAAUUUAUUAUUAUUUAACAUUUUCAAAUAUUGCGUGCACUUUAGUAAAAUACAGGAAUAUUAUUUUAUAUAUACUUGUAAAUUCUCAACUUCUCAAAUAUUUUAAUAACGUAACUUAGCUUUUCCUAAUUUCAAUUAGGUGGUUGGUCGUUAGUUCAUAAUUUACGACUCGAAUUUUAAAAUUUGUUCUCUUAUAGCUUUAAGGUUUUGUUACUUGUAGUAGAUUGUUCGGCAUUUAUUUUUCUAUUUUGCAUACUUUACUUUUAGUGGGUAUAACGUUGGUAUCUACAAUUUUAUUCGACCAAGUUUUAUACCAGAGUUUAAUUACUUGUAACAUUCGUAAUAAAAUAUAGAAAAAAAUGUGAUUUGUAAAUUUGGCAUCUAUUGAAAAAUGUUUAUAAACAGAAUUUUUGAGAUUCUAAAGUAUUAUAUUAAAACUUGAAUCCGUCACUGGUGAUUAUCAUCGUGCAUUCAUAGCUGUGUGCAAUUUAGUUGUAGUGUUUGUUCUUUUUCUUGUAAACUGUGCCAUGUUUCGGAUUUCAAUGUGGAACACUGCAUUUGGCAAAAUUUAUAUACCUGCAGCUUCGUACACACUAUAUUUCAAAGAGAUAGCUAUUAAGUAUAUUUAUUAAUGUUAAGUGUUAUUGUAAGGAAACGCAAUGUGAUGAUGAAAAUAAGGGUCUAAAGUAGUACCUAUAUUGGUUUGGCAUAAUCAAGUUCAUUGAAUCUCGUUCUAUACUCGACUACAAUCUCGUUUUACAUCUCACAUCUUGCCAGAGAAUCUCUACGUUUGAACUAUCGUAACUUUUUUGUGCCAAAUCAUUACCAAUUCUGUAUAUUUUGUUUUUUAUUUGUGAUUUUAACACGCUAUUCGUAAACUGGGAAAAGUUGAUUCCAUCCUAAAGUGCUCUUAAAUCUGAACUAUUUAUGGAUAGUAUUUCGAAUGGUUUAAAAAAAAACUGUCAAUCUUACUACUGCUACUUACUCAUGUCUGUCAAUGGUUAUGUUUAAAUAAAGGUAUACAUAAUUAUAAUA